AUGACGGGAGAUAGUCGGUCAGAGGUUAAAGAACUUGAUGCUUGGAUCGAACAGCUUUACAAUUGUCAGCAGUUACCUGAGGCUCAUGUGAAAUCGUUAUGCGAUAAAGCAAAAGAAAUCCUAACUAAGGAGUCUAAUGUACAAAAUGUUUCUAGUCCAGUCACCGUCUGCGGUGAUGUGCAUGGUCAAUUUCACGACAUGAUGGAGCUAUUCCGUAUUGGGGGGAAAGCUCCGGAUACCAACUACUUGUUUAUGGGUGAUUAUGUCGAUCGGGGUUAUUGCUCCGUUGAGACGGUUACUCUCCUAGUUCGUUUUCGUGAUCGAAUAACUGUUCUACGAGGGAACCAUGAGAGUCGACAGAUCACUCAAGUCUAUGGUUUCUACGACGAGUGUCUGCGCAAAUACGGGAAUUCAAAUGUUUGGAAAUACUUUACGGAUCUUUUUGACUAUCUCCCUCUCACUGCUUUGGUCGACAACUCUAUCUUCUGCUUGCAUGGUGGACUCUCGCCCUCGAUUGAUACGUUGGAUCACAUAAGGGCACUUGACCGCAUUCAGGAAGUACCACAUGAGGGUCCGAUGUGCGACCUUUUGUGGUCGGAUCCGGAUGACAGGGGUGGCUGGGGCAUCAGUCCACGCGGUGCUGGCUACACCUUCGGUCAGGACAUCUCGGAGCAGUUUAACCACAGCAACAGCCUCUCCCUGAUCAGCCGCGCGCAUCAAUUGGUCAUGGAGGGCUUUAAUUGGUGCCACGAGCGAAAUGUCGUCACGAUCUUCAGUGCUCCCAACUACUGCUACCGAUGUGGUAAUCAGGCGGCCAUUAUGGAGUUGGACGACAAUCUCAAAUAUACCUUCCUGCAAUUUGACCCUGCACCAAGGCGCGGAGAGCCGCAUGUGUCCCGCCGCACACCCGACUACUUCCUCUAA